UGCACGUGCGCGCGUGUGUGUGACCAGCAUCAGGACCAGAGCAGCACUGUGAGUCUAUUUGUGCGCAUGAAUUCUGCAGAUGGAUUUUUGCCUAUUGGACAUGCAGUUACCUGCACGACAGAGGAGUGGUGACUUCAGCUUUAGAGUCUUUUCAGGGUAACCAAACAGGCAGAACUAGACCAGACGGAACUCUGGGCCAGGCAGAACCAAACCAGACACCCUUCAGAGUCGGGCAAAAUCAGCUGACUGUUCGUCCUCACGGCUGAGGGGAGCACGACUGGCACUCCCUGCAUGCCAAACUCUCCUGAACUCUCUCCAAGUAAGUUGGAUCUUCUGCCACUCGGACUGCUUCGGACGCAGAGAGCAAGCAGAGGUCUGAAGCGAGCGCACGAAUUUCUGGGUGGAAAAGAAAGCCUCAGGUGACCCAGCGGGUCCUGCGCAGCCAGGGCGGAAUUGUGCACGUGGGGCGGAGCGUCCUGGCUUCGGAGCAGCCUAGGAGACAGGAGGGAUAUUGGGAAAAGAGCGGCAGACAGAAAGCUCCUCUACGACUUGGCAGAGCGCACAGAGGAGAACGGGAGAUGGAGAUCUGGAGUGCAGGAAUCCGGAGAGGGAGCAGGUGCUGGCCGGAGAAGAGCGCCCUCUACCUUUCACUUAUUGUCAUCUUCAGCGGGUGUGUGGUCGAGGCAUUAGAGAUGUCCACAGGUAAGAUCCCCUUCUUGGAGGCUGUGAAUGGCAGUGACGUUCUGAUUCCUUGCACCUACUUGAGCUGCAUCGGCAUCAAGAACCUGUACUUCAAAUGGGAGUUCAACGACAAUGGCACCAUGCUGACGGUGCUGGAUUCAGUGAUCCCAAUCGAUAAUGCCGAGCCGAUGGACGUUAAUAUUUACCGAGAGCGGGUUGAGUAUGUGGGCUCCAGUAAGGGCAACAACCUGUCCAUGGUGAUCUGGAACGUGACGUUUGAGGAUGCGGGCCAGUACACGUGCUUCGGCAAAAACCCCAAAGAGCGUGGAAAGAACCACAGCGCUAUCUUCACAUUAUACGUGGUGGACGAGCUGAGGGUUGUGGACAACACUCUGAAGCUCAUCAUUGUUUCCGGCGUGGGAGGAUGCAUAGCACUGCUGAUGAUUUUCAUGCUGCUCAAGAACUUCACCAUCUACGUGCUUGAUAAAAUCAAGGAGAAAAAUAAGGAGUGCCUUGUCACCUCCUCAGGGAUUGAUAAUACAGUAAACAGUCUGUCAGGAUCCAGAGUAACUUCCAAAGCCACACCAAAGAAAGCAUGAGACCGACACCUCACGUUUGUGCAUAUGCACACACACCCACCCCAACCUCCCCCCAACACACCCAACCCACACUCACCCACACACA